GGCUCGUCCUCCAGGAAUGGGACGUAAAUUUAAGGGUGGGAAGCCACCGCGGCCUCCGCCUGACGACCUCAUUGGCACUUCUGCGCAAAAGCUCGUAACCACGACGCAAGGAAUCUGGGAGAUCACAAAGCGAGAAGGAUCACUUGUACGUCGCUUUACGAAAGAUGGAGUGGAUGAGAUUAAGCAAUCAUUUCCGUAUGUGUGGAGGUUGUUCAAGCUCGUCUUGGCGUUGAAUCCGAGGAGGACGGUGUUGUUGGUGAUUGGGAGACUUGUGAUGUCAAUCCUGCCGUCGACUAGAUUGAGGGUGCAGGGUGCAUUUAUUGAUCUAGUACAGGAUGCAAUCGAUUAUGGGAAGCUGGAUCGGACGCGUCUACUCCGUCUAGCAAGUCUUCACAUGUUGAUCCAUGUGCUUGAGGAGGCUAUCUCGACACUGUUGGAAUCCAGCAAUGCCGUCAUCGAACGUCGAUUGGGCGAGAAGCUCGACCUGGAGCUAAUGAGAGCUCAUUUGAAGCUUGAUCUAGUGUCCUUGGCCGAUCCUGCCGUUACCCAGAAGUUCCAGGACGCAGAGAGGGUGUGCAGAAGCACUGGCAAUGGCGGUUUUCAGCAGAUCAUGCAAGUCGUGGAUGUGUUUACGUCUGUUACUGGCAUUCUAUCCCAGGUAACUACACUCUCGGGAUUGGUUAGUCGACGUUUGUGGCCGCUUGUACUCAUAUCUACACUCAGACCGUUACUCCACGCUGCAGGAAUGCUAGGCGGUGGAGUCUUCGGGGCGAGGAUUACGGAUCCUCUAUACCAAAGAAUGAGUACCGUGAAAUCUUUCGCUACCAACCCAAGUCUGAGACAAGAGAUCAAGGUGUUUGGUUUGUCAGACUGGCUGGUCAAGGAGUACGAAGCCGCAAGCACUGCCCUCGGCGUCGUGAGCCUAAGAUUCCAACGCGAGGAAGGCAUGUGGUCAAACAUCGGUAACUUUGUCGAAGCUUUCACGACGCCUGCGCUCUACAUCACGACCGCGCUCCAAUCGCAGAAGUUCAAGAUAUCGUUGGGUACACUCAACCUGUUACAAUCCACAACUGAGCAAAUCAUCCGAUCAACUUCGAAACUUUUGACGCGCUCGGAGAACGUAGUGUCGAACUGGAAAGUUGUACAGUCAUUCUUUGAAUGCUGUGAUAUGGCACCAGCGGUUCAUGCUCCCUCAGGUGGCGGUAAGGAUUAUGAGACCGCCGAAGCAGCGGAUGGACGGAAGGGAAUGAAGAUCGAGGCGAGGAACGUGCGGUUUGCGUACCCUGGACAACCUGAGGUCUUGCACGACGUUAACUUCACCAUUCAGCCAGGAGAGAUGAUCGCUGUGGUAGGCUACAAUGGAGCCGGAAAAUCGACGAUCGUCAAACUCCUGACCAGGCUGUUCGAUUGUACGUCAGGCGAAUUAUUGCUGAACGGCACGAAUAUCAGGGAGUAUCACCCCGAGGACCUCCGUAAACGUACCGCGGUCCUCUUCCAGGACUUUGGCAAAUUCGUUCCCAUGACCAUUCGUGAGAACAUCGCCGUGGGCAACAUUCCUGCCGCGAUGUACGGCCACCAGUUCACCAUCGAGCAAGCCGCCAAGAGUGCCGGAGCCGCCUCCUUCGUCGAGGCGUUGCCCAAGAAAUACGGCACGAACCUCACCAAAUCCCGGGAAGGCCACUUCCAGCCUGUCUCCACCCAUGACACAGCUUCCGGAGAUCUAUCCGGCGGCGAAUGGCAAAAACUUGCCCUCGCCCGUGGAAUCUUCAUGCGAGCCUCCCAGUCCGACCUCCUCAUCCUCGACGAACCAACCGCCUCCCUCGACCCGAAGGCUGAAUUCGAUCUCUUUGCUCAACUCCGCGAAGUCCGUCGAGAGCGGAGUUGUACCACGAUUUUCAUUAGUCAUCGGUUCAAUACGGUUGUUAACGCUGAUCGGAUCAUGGUUGUUGAGGAAGGACGGGUUGUUGAGUUUGGGAGCCAUAGGGAGUUGAUGGACGGGGAGGGGGUGGGGAGGUAUAGGGAAUUGUACGAGCUCUCGGCGGGUGCAUUUUUGGAGCAGGAAAGUUCGAGGGAGAAGAAGAGGCCUAGUACGGCUGUUUCUGUGUCUACCGAACAGGAGUAAACCGUCUGUAGAGUAUACCAUUGAUAUCUUCUAUGCCUGUAAGCUAUUUUUAUCUAGACGAGCGAGUUGUAAUGCGCACCCAACCC